AUGCUAGGCAUCAUCCAAUUCAUCUCCAUCGCCUGUGGUAUCGUCCUCUCAUUCUUCCCGGAUGAAUACGACCGCGCAGUUCAUAAUUGGCUAUCCAGUGCCGACAACGCCACCACCGUAGACAAAACGCGCUGGCCCACCGAUAUCUCGCGCGAUAUCGUCCCUGUUGGCUGCCACUCCCAUAACGAUUACUGGCGCCGGGUGCCACUGUACUCCGCACUGCAAGCGGGAUGCAUAGGCGUCGAAGCCGACGUCUGGCUUUUCGACAACGAGCUCUACGUCGGUCACACCACAUCGUCGCUAACAGAGCACCUAACCCUGCAAUCCAUGUACAUUAACCCGCUAGUAACCAUCCUCGAGCGCCAGAACCCAACCACCAAAUUCAACCAGGGGGGCGACAGCCCUGCGCAUGGAGUCUUCGACACAGACCCGGCUCAGACUCUAAUCCUCCUCAUCGACUUCAAAACCGCAGGCCCUGCAACCUGGGACGCCGUCACGAAGCAACUCGCUCCGCUCCGUGACCGGGGCUACCUAACCCACUUCAACGGCGACGAGGUCAUACAGGGCCCCGUCACCGUCGUCGGAACGGGAAACACACCCUUCAACCUUGUCAUCGCAAACACCACCUACCGCGAUAUUUUCUUCGACGCCCCGCUCGACAAACUCGUUGAAGCCGAGCAGUCAGGCGACAACCCCCAACUGGACGCAGCCCUCUUCCCAGGCACAGAUCUCGGCCAAGGCCAAUCUGGCAUGCCAACUACCGUUACUGCAUCCACAUUCAACGCCUCGAACAGCUUCUAUGCCUCUGUGUCCUUCAAGAAGUCAAUUGGUCAUCCCUGGCCCUUCCACUUCACGCAGCGCCAGAUGGACCGCAUCCGCAGCCAGGUGCGCGUUGCGCACCAGCACGGCUUGAAAGUGCGCUACUGGGCGCUGCCGAGCUGGCCUCGCAGUCUGCGAAAUCAUAUCUGGCGCGUGCUUGCGCAAGAGGGUGUAGAUAUUCUGAAUGUUGAUGAUUUGGUUGAUGCUACUAAGGGAGAUUGGAAUACGGGGGUCUUCGAUUGGUGGCCAUGA